AUGACUUCUUUCCUUCGACCCCUGAUCUUCUUGCUAUCCCUGCUCCCUCUCAUCGCAUCUGGUCUCCCUUCUCCACGUCACUUCUCCGCCCUCAGACCUGCCUAUUUCCUUCUAGCAGGAGAUAGCACGACUGCAACACAAAGUGUAGGAGGAGGCGGCUGGGGCGAUGGCUUCCUCAACUUUACACUGAAGGAAGGCUCAUCAGGCCGCAACUACGGACACAAUGGUGCCACGACCAAGAGCUUCCGUGAAGGCGGUGAUUGGGAUCGCUUGAUUAGCGAGGCAAAGACAAAGACGACAAACCAUACCGUAUACGUGACCAUUCAGUUCGGCCACAAUGACCAAAAGGCAACUUCUGGAGUGAAUCUUACACAGUAUAGCGAUAACCUUGUCGCUUUUGGCAGAGAGGUGGCGGCUAUCGGAGCCAUUCCUGUAAUCAUCUUCCUUCUCUUUGCUGUGUGUUGUCUAACAACCAACAGNAUCUUCGUAACUUCAUUGACUCGCCGCAAAUACACCACCACCACUCCNCCAACCAUCAUCCAAGACCUAGCCGUCCAACGCAACCUCACCAUCUCCGCUGCNCGCCAAACUCACUCAAGGUAUAUCGAUCUCAACAUCGCCUCGACAGACUACUGCAACGCCAUUGGACCUCAAGAGGCCUGGAAGUAUAAUUUGAAUCCCACGGAUUAUACGCAUUUGAAUGGGUGGGGCAGUGUGGUGUUUGGGAGAAUGGUUAGUGAUUUGAUGGUUAGAAGGUUUGGGGAUGUUGGGGCUGUGACGGAGAGGAAUGGGACGUUGAGUAGGGAGAUCUGGGAGGGGGUUGCUGCGUAG